AUGGAGGUCGACGAGGGAGUGGUUUUCCAAGCGGGCCAGGUGGAAGCCGAUGCAGCAGCAGCAGCAGCGGCGGGAGCGGGAGCAGAAGACGUGGGCAUGGACACUACCGACGGAGAGGGGGCGGCGGCGGCGGCGGCGGCGCGGCCAGACUUCCCGGCUCUCACGGCGCGAGAGAUGGGAGGCGGCAAGGACGACUUCCGUAGGAUUCGUUGCCCCCCCCACCGAUUAACGCCCUUGCGGAACUGCUGGGAAAACAUCGUGACUCCCACGGUGGAGCACAUGAAGCUCCAGAUCAGGUUCAACCGAAAGACGCGAAAUGUGGAGCUGAAGUCGUCCAAGCACACCGAGGAUGCGUCCGCCCUGCAGAAAACCGCCGAUUUCAUCCAGGCGUUCAUGCUCGGCUUCGAAGUGCAGGACGCGGUGGCCUUGCUGCGAUUGGACGACCUCUACGUCGACUCGUUCCAAGUGCAAGACGUCAAGACGCUCACGGGAGACCACCUCAGUCGUGCGAUCGGUCGUAUUGCCGGGCAGGGAGGCAAGACGAGACACGCCAUCGAGAACGCGACUCGAACGCGAAUCAUCGUUGCCGACCAGAAGGUGCACAUCUUGGGCUCCUUCAGCAACAUCAAGGUUGCUCGCGACGCUAUCUGCGCGCUGAUUUUGGGGGCUCCCCCCGGGAAGGUGUACAACCAGAUGCGAAAUGUGGCUCGUCGGAUGAGCGAACGGUUCUGACGUGUUUUUUUUUUUUUUGUCCCAUUGAAAAACACGCGUAUAAUCCGGUUCGGGAAGUAGAGUCUUGGGCUGACGGAGCUUGAGUGUGCAUUGGCUGGCCGUGGGGAGCUUAUAAUGUUACGUACGGCACCUUUCGAUGGCACCGUAUAUCAUGACUCCCCCCCUGCGGAUACGGCGAUGGUUCGGUAAGCUUGUUGGUCGGCCGGUUCCUUGUAAAUGUUGAGUGUAUGUGAGUACGGCGGUGCCAUAUACAGUUGUUCGUAGUGUUGUUUUUCGUUCAAGAUAGGGCGUCUUGAUACGACUUUUCGUGUGCUGUAA